AUGUCUGAAUUCACGCCUCCGUCGUAUUCCGGCGACCCGAACUCGGCGCGAUGCGAGCAAGAGUGCUUCACGCUCGGGUUUAUUAGUUUAAACGCGGCAGUUUUGAUGAAAUGUCUGGGAGGCUCGCGAUUACUUUUAGACGCCAGACCUAGAAUGAACGGAGACUUAGCCUUGGCCAUGGCGGAAGAAGCGGACAAUAAGAAACGAAGAAAGAAAGGGUUACCGGAAAUCAACCGACGAGAGAAGUUAGGGGCGACCCAGUUUAUGUGGCAACAGAGAUGGCAAGAGUAUUAUCGCGCGAGAAACGGAAUCUGA